UCAAAGUCCUAAAAUAGCUGCUCCUCAGCAUUUGUUUGUGGCUUGCUACUGGAAUACGACUGCAGGACAAGCAGCAAUUCCCAUUUGUCUAUUAAACACAGAAGAACUUUAGUCUUUUGAAAUUUACUCUGGACAAAGUUUUGUGGACCUACAGGGUUUUUAAAAUUAUUCUUAAAUAUUUAACUACUUUGAUCAAUAAUGAAGCUAAGCAUUGGUAUAUUUUUUGGUGGCCUAUUCGGUGCAUUGGGAAUUUUAAUCUAUUUGGUGGCUUUUGGAACAGACUAUUGGCUUCUUGCCAUGGAAGUUGAAAAAUGCUCUGAAACUAAAGAAGGGGUUGACGACAACCAUCCAGUAAUUUUGCAUCAUGAGGGUUUCUUUUGGAGAUGUUGGUUUAAUGGUGAAAUAAGAAAUUACACAGACAACAUGAAGACUUUUUGGAUCACCAAUCAAGCUCCAACCAAGAACUGCACCCAUGCUUACCUGUCCCCAUUUCCAAUGAACAGAGAUGAUAGCAAAAACAAUUCAUCAGCUUCGUAUCAUUCUGCAGUUGUAUAUCGUGGUUUUUGGUCAGUGUUCAUGCUGCUUGGAGUUGCUACUGUUGUAGCAGGAGGUUUCAUUAUUAUAUGUGCAGCUCCCUUUACAAACCACAGACUAUAUAAAGCUGGAGGAGGACUUUUCAUCACUUCUGGUAUAUUUUUUACAUUUGUCAUCAUCAUGCAUGUGAUUUGGGUACAGAGCGUGUCAGAUCUGAAAAGUUACCAGGAUCUACGGCAGCAGAAUUGCUCCAAUUUUUCUGUAGUCACUCGCUAUGGGUGGUCCUUCAUGUUGGCUCCAGUUGGGAUUUUUUUCUCCCUCUUCGCAGGAAUGCUCUUCCUUCUAGUUGGACAUACCAUCUUUGUGCAUACCAAAUAACCCAAAUGUCUUAAAUGUUUUUUUCAAUUAUUUCAAAGGCUUUGUAUAAUACAGCUAUCAAGAUCUCAUUCUAGAUAAUGAACUACAAAUGGAAAAGAUUUAUCAAUUCUAAAUAGUAAUGUAACAAAUGUA